GGCUGAUAAUUUCGCAAUCGCAUUUUAAGCCCAAAAAGAAAUCAAAUACAUGACUUAAAGUUUAAACCUCGUAUUCUUCUUCAGGCGUUCUGUACUAAAGUUUCAUAACGUCGGAGCGUAGCGGUCGCGUUUUUGCCGUGAUGAGCGCUCAUAGAAGAGUCUUACUCUUAUUUUUUAUUAGUUGUUGUAUUUUGUGACAGUGGAGAUGAUUCGCACGUACAAACGGAAGCCGCUGGAGAGCCGGUACAUCGAGGGCGUGAUGGGGCUGUGCCGGCUCUGCCUGGGGACUGCGGAGGCGGCCGUGCCCAUAUUUACUGAAGACCCCGAUAACAUCUGCUCCACGCUCGCUAUGAGGAUUAUGAUCUGUGUCGGGUUAGAUGUAAAACGCGACGACAACCUCCCCAACCUGGUUUGUGUAACCUGCUACAAGGAUCUAGAACACUACUACACUUUCCGGAAGAAAUGUGAACUGUCAUAUCACAGAUUGAAGUCGCACCUUCAAGCGUCUCGCAACCGGCAACCAAUGGAAACUGUUACAGAAAAUGAAGAGAUAUUGAAGGAGAUGAUUACUCAGGAUGAGAAUAUGAAUGUCAAUGAGUUUGUGUUGGAGAUUGAUGAGGAGUCUGACAGCAAGGUGGAACCAGAGACUGUGAUAAGUGAUGUGCAAACGGUAGAUCCUGUUCAGCAAAAUACAGAAGUUCCUCAGGAAGAGUAUAGAGUGAUGCAGCCCAACGAGCUAAACACACUCAUAACAUCAGUACUCAUGAAACUUGGCAUCAUAUCGCAGCGCGAUGACCAGCUAGCAGUCCUUAGACCAGAUGUAUCGAGGUUGCAACUCGAAGUCGGAGAUGGGGCGGUGGUCAGGAUGGAGUUAGUCGAAGAGGAUGACGAGUUGGAGGAAGAGAAACAGUAUUUAAUAGAAAUAUCUGAGGCUCCUGACCCGGUGGAGGCUCCUGACCCGGUGAAGGCUCCUGACCCGGUGGAGGCUCCUGCCCCAGUGGAGGCUCCGAAAGCAACAAAGACAGGUUUCCAGCGGCAGGCUACGCUUAUAGAACCGAAGCCUGUUUUUGCUGAAGCGAAGAAAAAGACUAGCAAGAUCCCCACAAACAUCGGCGCCAUGGGGUGUCCAACGUGCGGGCGCGUGCUGCUGUCCCGCUCGGCGCUGCUGCGGCACGCGCGCACGCACUCCGGCGAGCGGCCCUUCCCCUGUCCGCGCUGCGGCCGCUGCUUCACGCAGAAGGAGGUCAUGCACCGACACAUGCUCGUUCAUGAAGCGGUGCGUCCACACAAGUGCUCAACGUGCAACAAGAGCUUCACUCAACGCAACGCCCUGCAUCUACACGAGCGCUCGCACCUCCCCCCACACGAGAGGGCGCUGGCGUUGCACAGCUGUCCUCACUGUCCUAAACUGUUCCUGUAUUCUUCAGGUCUAUCGCGCCACAUGAUGACUCACUCGGGUCGCGUGUACGUCUGCGGCGCUUGCCGGCGACAGUUCGCAGACAAAAGUUCCGUUCUGCGUCACCAUAGAGCACGGCACGGGCAUCUAGAGGAACCCGACGAACCCGAGUGCGUAGAAACUGAGAACGCGCCCACUGAAGAUGAAAAUACAUAGCGGGACUAAUUAUAUUGUGACAGGUACGCGUAUGUUUAGGAAACCCGACGAACCCGAUGGCGUAGAAACUGAGUACACGCCCAAUGAAGACGAAAAUACAUAGCGGGAUUAGCAGGGCGUGUGUUCUGUGCCCCCAUAGAGCUCGACGAGUAUAUCUAAAGGAACCCGAGUGCAUAGAAAAAACUGAAAACGCGGUCACUGUAGAUAAAAACAAAGUAGAAUCUUGUGACAGGUACGCGUAUGUAAGAAACCUGAAGAAUCUGAUGGUGUAGAAUAGAAACUGACGACACGCCCAAUGAAGACGAAAAUACAUAGCGGAGCGUGUUUCUACGUCACCUUAGAGCUCGACACGUGCAACAAGAGGAACCCGAUUGCGUAGAAAUUGAAAAUGUGGCCAUUGAAGAUAAAAAUAAAUAGUGGAGCGUGUGUUCUACGUUGAUAUAGAAUCUGCUACGCGAAAUUAGAAUAACCCGUCGAACCCGAGUGUGUAGAAAUGUAAAGCGCGUCGACGGAAGA